CUUUUACAUCAAAUUCCUUUGAUCAAAGCUUACUACCUUACGUUGGUGAUUUGCGGUGUGCUACUGAGAUAAGGUCCUGAAAGAUUGAAGGAAGAAAAGCAUGGGUGGGCAAUCUCUGCAUGUGCUUAAUGCACUGGAUGUUGCUAAGACACAAUGGUAUCAUUUCACUGCAAUUGUGAUUGCUGGAAUGGGUUUCUUCACUGAUUCUUAUGACCUGUUCUGCAUAUCCCUUGUCACCAAAUUACUUGGCCGCAUAUACUAUACUGAAGGCCAUGAUAAGCCGGGUUCUCUGCCAGCAAAUGUUUCAGCUGCCAUCAAUGGUGUCGCAUUCUGUGGAUCCCUUGCAGGCCAACUUUUCUUUGGGUGGCUUGGUGACAAAAUGGGAAGGAAGCGUGUCUACGGGAUGACCCUUAUGCUCAUGGUCGUAAGUUCAAUUGCUUCUGGUCUUUCCUUUGGCAAAGACCAAAAAGCUGUCAUGGCUACCCUUUGCUUCUUCCGCUUCUGGCUUGGAUUUGGCAUUGGUGGAGACUACCCUCUUUCCGCCACCAUCAUGGCUGAGUAUGCCAACAAGAAGACUCGUGGAGCGUUCAUAGCUGCUGUUUUUGCCAUGCAAGGUUUUGGAAUUUUGGCUGGUGGCCUGGUUGCAAUAGCAGUGUCAGCUGCUUUCGGUGCUCUCUACCCUGCUCCAACAUUCCAGGUCAACCCACUUCUGUCCACAGUGCCACAAGCUGAUUACGUUUGGAGGAUAAUCUUGAUGUUUGGUGCAAUCCCUGCUGUGAUCACAUACUAUUGGCGCAUGAAAAUGCCGGAGACUGCGAGAUACACUGCCUUGGUUGCCAAGAAUACGAGGCAAGCUGCUGCAGAUAUGUCAAAGGUGUUGCAAGUUGAGAUAGAAGCUGAACCAGAGAAAGUUGAGAUAGAAACCGAACAAGAGAAAGUUGAGGAAUUGAACGGAAGAAGAGGAAGGGGGAAUGAGUUUGGCCUGUUCACUAAAGAGUUCCUACUACGCCAUGGACUUCACCUUGUUGGAACAGCCAGUACUUGGUUCCUGUUGGACAUUGCCUAUUACAGUCAGAAUCUUUUUCAGAAAGACGUUUUCAGUGCUAUUGGUUGGAUUCCUGCAGCAAAAACCAUGAAUGCCAUUCAAGAGGUUUCCAAAAUUGCUAGAGCACAGACCCUCAUAGCCCUUUGCAGUACUGUCCCUGGUUACUGGUUCACAGUGGCACUCAUUGAUAAGAUGGGCAGGUUUACAAUUCAGUUGAUGGGGUUUUUCUUUAUGACUGUCUUCAUGCUUGCCUUAGCCAUUCCAUACCACCACUGGACCGUGAGCGGCAACCAAAUUGGGUUUGUUGUCCUAUAUUCAUUGACCUUCUUCUUUGCCAAUUUUGGUCCAAAUGCCACAACAUUCGUGGUGCCAGCAGAGAUUUUCCCUGCAAGACUAAGGUCAACAUGUCAUGGCAUAUCGGCUGCAGCUGGGAAAGCUGGGGCAAUGGUAGGGGCUUUUGGCUUCCUCUAUGCUCAAAACGGCAUUGGACUAAGAAAUACACUUCUUAUUUUGUCUGGCAUUAACCUCUUGGGGUUUAUCUUUACGUUUCUGAUUCCUGAAUCUAAAGGAAAAUCGCUGGAGGAGAUGUCUGGUGAAGCUGAACAAAACAAUACUCCUACAAGAGAAUCAGCAAUGGAAGCCGGUCUUGAAGUUAGAACAUCUGUCUAACUUCAUUUUUAGUUUCUUUUCAUAUGUCUAUUCGUAGGCUCCUAGUAUAUAGUGUGCACUUACUGGUCAAUACCAUUUAGUCAUUAGACUUGAUUUCUGUUUCUUUCAGCUUAGAAAGUCCUUGGAAUUACGUGUAUUAUGU